AUGUUUUGGCGCAAAAUUAGCAUUAAAAAUAAAGCAGUAUUAAUAACUGGUUGUGACUCGGGUUUCGGUAACCGGUUAGCGAUUCGGUUAAAUGAAAUCGGGUUUCGCGUCUAUGCAACUGUUUUGGAUGAAAUGAGUUUUGGUUCACAACAGUUGCCGCUAAACUGUAAACAUACGGAUAGGAUGUGUGUCUUGGAAAUGGAUGUCACCCGAGAAAACCAAAUUGACCGGUGCUUCGAGUUUGUCACUAGCGAUCUCCGGACAAAUGGCGGAGUUUUGUGGUCAGUGAUCAACAACGCCGGUAUACUGACCUACGGGCACAUCGAAUGGGGUCAGUUCGGCGAACAUUUCGGGCGUGUAUUCGAUGUCAACUUGUUUGGUGUGAUUCGUGUUACCCGAAAAUUUUUGCCACUUAUUCGACAAUCAAAAGGUCGUAUAGUAAUAGUGUCGUCAUUGGGCGGCCGUAUCUCAUCAGACAACCUGAGCGCCUACUGUAUGUCAAAGGGAGCGGUCAUAACGUUUGCCGAUGUUUUGCGACGAGAAAUGCGAAAAUUCAAAGUAAACGUCUCGACAAUUGAACCGACAUUUUUCAAAACUGGUGUCUAUGGGGAACAGGUGCCAGCGUUUGAACACAAUUGGCAAACUACUAAUACCGGCGUACAGGAGGUGUACGGCCAGCAAUAUUUUGCUGAACAACUGAAACUACUUGAGCGUCGCCGUCGACUUUCCCGAUGGAGUUCACGACUGGACAUUGUAGUCGACGAUAUGAUCGAUGCCGUUGUCAGCCGCAAUCCAAACCGAUGUUAUCAACCGGUUAAUAUAUGGCCACUCAAAUUGGUAGUUAUAGUUUUGCCGCUUAUACCUAACUGGCUUAUUGAUUGGUCAACAUAUAUGAUUGAUCCAACUGUUCCCAAUUAUAUGAGAAGUAAUGAUCAAUAA